GAUCCUCCUGCCUCAGCCUCCCAAGUGCUGGGAUUAUAGGUGUGCGCCAUCACACCUGGUUGGUGCUGAAGUGUGAUUUGGUUUGGCCUCAGUUUCUGUAGUUAUAAAACACAGUUAAUGAUCCCUUUCCUUCCUACCUUGUCCUGUGGGGUUGGUGGAGGUGGAGGUAUUAGGGGAAAGGAGAGUCUGGGAUAUCAUUCCUCAUCUCAGGAUAUAUAUGUAUAUAUAUAUGUUUUAAUGUGCUCUUUCCUCUCUCCUGGCAGCUCCCUCCUGUAUGCCCCUACCUUUCUCCCUGUGUGAGCUCGCCUUCCUGCUUCCCUUGGCAACAGCGUCCCCUCUCUGGCUUGAUCUGAAAUUUCUCUUCUUGCCCUGUCCAGGAGCGUCGCUUGAUUUUUCUCUGAGACAAGCCCACUCGUCCAGCAAAAUAGAGUCCCUCAGGGUGACAGUUGACUUCCUGAAGGUGCCUCUUGGCCUAAAGAAGCCGGUGCUGAAGGAGGUGGCUGUGGGGCCCCCCAAGAGGCCCCAGCCUGCGGCCCUGGAGCGUUACAAGGCGCGGCGUUCAGACGCCAUGGACACCGAGUCCCAGUACUCGGGCUAUUCCUACAAGUCAGGCCACUCGCGCAGCUCCCGCAAGCACAGGGACCGCCGGGACCGACACCGCUCUAAGAGCCGAGAUGGGAGCCGUGGAGACAAGUCGGUGACAAUCCAGGCUCCAGGAGAGCCCCUGCUAGAUAAUGAGUCCACGCGGGGGGAUGAGCGGGAUGACAACUGGGGAGAAACAACAACAGUAGUCACGGGCACCUCAGAGCACAGCAUCUCCCACGAUGACCUCACGCGCAUUGCCAAGGAUAUGGAGGACAGUGUCCCGCUGGACUGCUCCCGGCACCUGGGUGUGGCGGCAGGGGCCACUCUGGCGUUGCUGUCUUUCCUCACACCGCUGGCUUUCCUGCUGCUGCCCCCGCUGCUGUGGCGGGAUGAGCUGGAGCCAUGUGGGACAGCCUGUGAGGGCCUCUUCAUCUCUGUGGCCUUCAAGCUGCUCAUCCUGCUGCUGGGCAGCUGGGCUCUGUUCUUCCGCCGGCCCAAGGCCUCGCUGCCCCGUGUCUUCGUGCUGCGAGCCCUGCUCAUGGUGCUUGUGUUUCUCCUCGUCGUCUCCUACUGGCUCUUCUACGGUGUACGCAUCCUGGAUGCCCGUGAGCGCAGCUACCAGGGUGUCGUGCAGUUCGCGGUGUCACUGGUGGAUGCUCUGCUCUUCGUGCAUUACCUGGCCGUGGUCCUGCUGGAACUGCGCCAACUCCAGCCUCAGUUCACGCUCAAGGUUGUGCGCUCCACGGAUGGGGCCAGCCGCUUCUACAACGUGGGCCAUCUGAGCAUCCAGCGCGUGGCAGUGUGGAUCCUGGAGAAGUAUUACCAUGACUUCCCUGUCUACAACCCUGCCCUUCUCAACCUGCCCAAGUCCGUGCUGGCCAAGAAAGUGUCUGGCUUCAAGGUGUAUUCUCUCGGAGAGGAAAACAGCACUAACAACUCCACGGGCCAGUCUCGGGCUGUGAUUGCAGCGGCGGCCCGGCGGCGGGACAACAGCCACAAUGAGUACUACUACGAAGAAGCAGAGCAUGAGCGCAGGGUGCGCAAGCGCAGGGCGAGGCUCGUGGUGGCCGUGGAGGAGGCCUUCACUCACAUUAAGCGACUGCAGGAAGAGGAGCAGAAGAACCCUAGGGAGGUGAUGGACCCCCGGGAGGCAGCCCAGGCCAUCUUUGCAUCCAUGGCCCGUGCCAUGCAGAAGUACCUGCGGACCACCAAGCAGCAGCCUUACCAUACCAUGGAGAGCAUCUUGCAGCACCUUGAAUUCUGCAUCACGCAUGACAUGACGCCCAAGGCCUUCCUGGAGCGGUACCUGGCGGCCGGACCCACCAUCCAGUACCACAAGGAACGCUGGCUGGCUAAACAGUGGACACUGGUGAGCGAGGAGCCGGUGACCAAUGGGCUUAAGGAUGGCAUCGUUUUCCUCUUAAAACGCCAGGACUUCAGCCUGGUGGUUAGCACCAAGAAGGUGCCAUUCUUCAAACUCUCCGAGGAAUUUGUGGAUCCCAAGUCGCACAAGUUUGUCAUGAGGCUGCAGUCGGAGACCUCGGUGUGACUGUGCAACAGCAGGGGAGUGGGGGACUCCGGGGCUCUUGUGGGGUGGGAGGGGGCCUGGUUCUCAGGCCCAGCCAAGUUCCCACUGCCCUUCUUCCUCUUGCUCUUGUUUUUUACUUGAAUUGACUUACUCCUCACCCUGUCUCCUCCCUCUUCCUCAUUUUACCCCAUGUGAACCUGGAGAGACCUUCCUGCUGUUGACAGUACCUGGGGGACCUUCCCCUCAGUUUUGUAUAACUCCGGGCCCUGCAGGAAUCAGUGCCUCUCUCUCUCUCCUUCCCCGCAGAUUUCCCCAGAUGACAGUGCUUUGUAAAAGGGCACAGGGCCCUCUUGAUUGUACCUGUGCCUCCUGAGCCCCACUCACAACCCAAGUUCUGGUAGCAUUCUUUCCAGUGGUCCCUGACAGUGUCUCUCGGGGGACACCGGUACGUCCCAGAGAGCCCUGGUGCCAAAUUCCGCCAAGGCAGCAGCUACCCUCUCCUACCCAUAACAGACUCUUAAGUUGCUGGGCAGAGAUGCUCCUGCCACAUAGUGCCAGAGUCAGGAGUCUCCCUACCGCACUAUUGUUUGCAGCUGCUGUUCCCCAUCCACUCAUGUUAGAGCAAGGAAAGAUCCCGUCCUUUCCCCGGAAGUCUCCACCUGCCGUUUCUGAUUGUCCGGUCACACUUGAUCCCAGCAAUUGGAGGUGGAAAGCUUUUCACCACUUCACCAGGGCCCUGGGGAAGGUCCAGAGAAUUGGUCUUUCCUGGACAGCUCCUGGGGGGAAGGGGACAGAUCCUUGAGUUGGGAGAGACCCUUGCGUUGAUCCCUGCCCUCAGAACCCACCCUGGCUUUGCCUUUGUUCCCACUCCUCCCAGUGAGCAAUGGGAUGUAGACUCCUGUAUAGACUUAGCAGUGUGCCGACCCUAACAGACAGCUUUCCUUCCUGCACCAGCCACCCCAGGCCUGCUGACUUCUCUUGGCUCCAGAGACCUGUUGCCUCAUCUCUGUGGGGGAGGAGCUAGCUCCCCCUGUCCCCUGCCUUAAAUCCAGUUCUUUGCCUCAGGGGUCUCUUUUCCUUGGCCUUUCAGGGUCCCCUCCUCUCUCUUCCUGCCUGGAUCUCUAGGCUCUAUACUGGGGUCAGGGACCAAGAUUAUUGCCUUCUGUGGGCACUUAGCCCCUCACCCCAUUUUACUUCCGUAGCUUUGGUACCAAGUCCAAAUUCUCAAUAGUUUAGAUUGUAUUCUGAACAAAAUUUACUGGCCCACUAAUAGGUCUUUUCGGAGUAAAUUUGAGCCUUUGAAUUGAAACACCUUUAAAUUAUGUAGUUUUCACCAAGGGGAAAAGAAAUAGAAGACACCUAUAUACAUCCUUCCAGGGUCCGUAUGGAGGACUGAUCUGGUGGCUGGGCUGGAGCCUGUGCCUGGAUCAGGUCUCCAAGUAACUCACAGUGCCCCUGAAUAGGUCCUUCUUUUUCCUAGAAAAUUUACUGGUACUUGCCUUGCAAAGCACACUCUGGGAUAAGCUGCCCUUUGAUCUCUCCCCUGGGAGGCCGCUUCCUGUCUGUAGGGGAAGUCCGGGGGUGACAGAGCCUAGCAAUCGAUCAGGGUUUUUCUACUGUCCUUUAUGAAAGGGCAUUUCUGUCCACCCACCAUUCACUAGAGAGGGGUGAGGAGUCCCUCAGCCCGAGCUCAUCUUGUCCCCACAGGAGUGGCUUGCAGGGCUGAUAAGGCAGAGACUGGGUGGAGGUUAGCCUUGGGCUAGGGCUGGGGGCAUCCUUAGAUAGGUCUGGGUGAAAUGCAUCCUGCCUUGGGCGUCCUGGGAAAGCUAUCUUUUCUUUAAGAAUCUGGUUUCAGAGGAGUCCCUUCUGGGUCACAUAAAUACCUCACUAUCCUGGAGAACAGGGCCUGGAUGGUGAUUGGGGUCUUUGCCUUGGUGGGCAAGAGUGGGGUGCGGUGUGGUUUGAGGAGUGGGUUGGGGUGGGCAGAAGGAAAGGAAUUGGGAUCUUAGUUGUUGCCCUAGAUUUAGGGGCGGGGGAGUGUUUAUUUUAAGAACCUGCCAUGUUUUUAAUCACUGUGAUUUUUUUUCAUUCUUUUUUCCUAAAACAAGAGAAAUGUUUUUCCCCAACUGUCUCUCUCUCUCUCUAAGCACUAAGGGCUGUGACUGAGAAUGGUAGCAUUUUGGUCCUUUGCGUCAGAACUGUGGUAUCUUUGUCUUCUCUGGUUAUUAUUAUUUUUUUAAAACGUCAGAAUGGAUCGUCCAGUGUAUGUCUGUGUGUGUGCGUGCGUGUGUACCUGUCUUGCUUCUCCUGUAUGGGAAGUUGUCUUCAUGCUGUGAACUGCUGGGGACGGGCAGCCGACUCAGGCCUCUGAGCUGUGUGCCCACCAGGCCCGUCCCACCGCUCUCUGGGUUUCUCCCUCUCCCCCUGCAGGGGUGUGCCCACCACUGGCAGCCCCCACCACAGGGAAUGCUGUGCUGGCUCCCUCCAGCACUCCUGUUUCUCUGACUACGCGGCACCCUAGCUCAUCCCCUACUUGGCCUUGGAAUGCUUGCCCCCCUUUCCUCCACAUUACCACACGGUGCCUCAGUCCUUCACCUACCUCGCCACUCUGCCCCUGUUCCCACUGGCCCCUGUCUGUCUCCUGCACCAGCGUUUGUGUUCCUCUGUUUAUUCUGAUUUAUGUCCCUUUGGUCUCUGACUUCUUCCCAUCCCCUCUACUUCAUCUCUUGAUUUUUUGCUUCCCCUAGCACACUUCCAAUAUUCCCAUUGCAAACCCCAGCACAAUACCCGUGAGGAAUAGAUGCGGGGAUCCCUGGAAGCUUUCUCAUUGGAAACAUCUAUUUCCCAGGGUUUGUGCUUCUCGGUUCUGGACCCCGGAUGAGCUCCCUUGUCCCUGGUGGUGUCAGUCAGUCUUCUCUUUCCUCUGCCCUCCCCAUGGGGCAGUAUCUGCUGAUAAAUUCGAACCUGAUGUGUGUGUGUGUGUGUGUGUUGUGAUUGUUGUGUGCAAAAGGGGCUUUUUGAGUCCCUUCCAAGUGAGACUGUAAGUGUAGAAUUUUCCACUGUUGGACCUAGAUAUUUUUUUGUUUUGUUUCCAUUUUUCUUCUUUCUUUCUUUUUUCUUUUCUUUUUUGGUUACAGAGCUGAGACCUUGUGCAUGCAUGUAGAAAAUUGUAAAAUGUAAAUUUUUUUUAAUAUAUAAAAAGCUUGUUUUUACAGUUUGCAGUGGAUCUAAACAUUAUGGCAAUUUUAGGAAUUUUUUUUCUUAAACAUAGAAACUGAAACUGUACAAAAAUUUUUUUUAUAUA